AUGGGGAUGUACGGCUUGUUAAAGGGUCUUGUGGAAGGUACCAGUGAAGGGGCAGGAUUUUCAUGUAUCUAUCAGUUCUGGAGGCAUCCUUGGUUCUGUGCAGACAUGGAUUACGGCUACGUCAUAUCCAAGAUAUCAUAUCCAUAUCCAUAUCCAUAUCAAUACCAUAUCCAUAUCAAUACACCGCACGUGUCCCGUAUGAUGGUCUUCUCCUUUGCGGCACGGCGGGAGAGCCGCGCACACGCACGCAGCGGGCGGCAAGGAGGAGCAGAGCGGCGCAGCGCGCGCCGGUGCCGGGAGCGCAGCAGCAUGCCGGCCCCCAGCCCUGCCGCCCGCGGGCUCUGCCUGCAGCUCCUCUUCUGCCUCGCUCUGGCCCAGGCGCCGCGCGCCGGCAGCGUCUUCUCCGUCUCAGCAGAAAGGAGACCCAGAGAUAAGCUGUCCUUAGGAAAUGCUGACUGCUCCUACACGCACUUUGCUGAGGAUGAGUUUGCCCCCUCAGCAGCCCAGAGAAAGCUGCUUGCCCUAGAUGUGAAUGACCUUUGCCAAGAGCUCCAAAUGAAAGAGUCUUCCUCUGUACCAGAAUCGUUUUGCCCCUCAGGACCUCCUGGCCCCCAGGGUCCACAAGGAAUUCCUGGUAUAGCAGGACCAAAAGGAGAGAAAGGGGAGAUUGGCAGACCAGGAAGAAAGGGUAGACCAGGUCCCCCAGGUGUGCCGGGAAUGCCAGGACCGACUGGAUGGCCUGGACCGGUGGGACCCAAGGGUGAAAAGGGAGAUUUGGGUGUGAUGGGAUUGCCAGGUACAAGAGGACCAAUGGGCUCCAAGGGAUUUCCUGGAACUAGAGGAGAAAAGGGGUCGAGAGGUGACACAGGUGACAAAGGUGUCAAAGGAGACCAGGGAGAAAUAGGUUCCCCUGGAAUGCUGGGUCAGAAAGGCGAGAUGGGUCCGAAGGGGCAGUCUGGAGCACCAGGACACAGAGGACCUAUAGGAAGACCAGGAAAACGAGGCAAACAAGGACAAAAGGGAGACAUUGGACCUGUGGGAAUCAUGGGUCCACCUGGAAGGCCUGGUCCUUCAGGCCUGCCAGGCCCCCCUGGACCUUCAGGAUCAGGACAGUUAGCAAUAGGACCAAAAGGAGAAAGAGGACUUCCAGGGCCUCCAGGAAGAUGUCUCUGCAGAUCCCCACACAAUGUGAAUAGUCCACCAUAUGAGGAAUCUGUGUUUGGACACAGCUAUCCAAAAGUCCCCGCGAUUUUUGUGGUGAACAACCAAGAAGAAUUGGAACGGUUAAACACCGAAAAUGCCUUAGCAUUUAGAAGAGAUCAAAGAUCUUUGUAUUUCAAGGAUACCAUUGGGUGGCUCCCAAUCCAGGUGAAAAUAUGACUA